CUUAUGAUACAAGAAAUGGAAAAUAUACGCGGUGAAAUCGCUGCUUUGAGAACGCAAACGAAUAUGUUGAACGUUAGAUCUCAAUCAAAUACACGACCAGUGAGUAGUUCCAAAGAUUUACCCAGUUUAGCUAAUCCGACUAGGGUGAAGAAAUUGACGAAGUUUUUUGGAGAUGAGCCGCCAUUGUUAAGGUUGUUUUUAAGGAAAUUAGGUUACGAGAAAUAUGCUAACGUUUUCGAAAAUGAACGAAUUGGAAUGGUUGAAUUACCUUAUUUAACUGAAGAACGUUUGCAAAAAAUGGGAGUACCUCUUGGUCCAAGAUUAAGGAUAAUGCAGGAAGCGCAAAUUUCCGUUUGCAAAGAUAACACACUUUGUAUAGUAUAAACGUUUUUGUAGCAUAUGUAAAUACCUAAAUGGCGGCUCGAAAUAAUCUUUAAUUCAAAUUUAAGUUUAUUUUAUUAUUUAUAUAAAAAAAAUUUGAAAUGAUUUAAUUUUAAGUUAGAAUUUGUAAAUGUCGAUUUGCAUGUAUUAAAUAAUAAUAAGGUUUUUAUUUAUUUUCUUUUUAUUGCCAACAGUACCAAAGAUUUGUAUGGAAUAAUUAAAACUUGGGCUGAUUGUUUUUUUAUUAUAUCAAAUGCAAUAAAUUUACUUAUUAAAUUAAAAA